AUGGCGAGCCCAGGGCAGGUCACGCCGCGGGCCAAACGGCGCCGCAGGGACCCAGGGGCUCCGGGGCUCUCGGCCGCCGAAGCCAGGGCCCCCCGGCACGACGAGGGGGGCUGGGGGGCAUCGCCCGCGGUGGGGCGGCGGGGCCGGGCCCAGGGGGGCUGCGUCGUCGAGCCCGCCGCCCCCGGGGAGGCCAAGCCGGCCACGCCGCGGCCGCGUCCGGAGCGCCGCGAGCCGUGGGCGAAGAGGGGCGAGCGCGCGGCCGCCCCACGGACCGCCCGGGACCCCGCGUGCCCCCCGGCACGGCCCCGCCGCCGCGGCCUCUACUUCGCGGGGCUCCCCGCGGACGAGGAGCGGGACCCCGCCGUCCCCGGCCUGCUGGCCCCCGCCGCCUCGGCCCCCGCGCCCGCCCGGGGGGGGCCCAGGAAGACCCGCAGCACGCCGGAGCCCACGCUUGUGCUGGAGCUGGAGGGGACCCUGGUCUGCUCCUCCGUGCUGGCCGGCGGCCGGGCGCCGGGCACCGUGGCCACCUUCACCACGGCCUUCCAGGGAGACGCCUACGAGGUUCACCUGAAGCUGCGUCCCCACGUGCAGCAGUUCCUGGAGAGCCUUUCCAAGACGUACGAGAUCUUCGUCUUCACGACCGCUAAGCAGGACUACGCGGAGAAGGUCCUGGACGUGCUGGACCCCAAGAGGAAGCUGAUCAGGCACUGCCUCUCCCAGCGGGAUUGCCUCUGCGCCCGGGGCUGCUACUGGAAGGACCUGUCCCUGCUGAGCAGAGACCUGGCCAAGACGGUGGCCCUCGACCACACCAUCCAGGGCUUUGCCUCCCAGGCUGCCAACUGGAUCCCGGUGCCGAGGUGGCGGGGGGACCCUGGGGACGAGGAGCUGCUGCGCCUCAUCCCGCUGUUGGGAGAGCUCUGCCAGGCGGGCGACGUGCGCACUGAGAUCCAGCGGCAGUUCCCGCUCUGCAGGCUGCUGGCCGAGGACUAGACCGGCCUGCGUGGGAGGGCAGCGAGCGUUUCCCGGAGAAACCCCUCCUGGCCAGCAAGCGGGAAGCAUCCGGCCCCCAGCCUGGUUUGCAGGAGCCAGCAGGGUUUGUGCUGCUAUAGGGGAAACCUUGUUCCUGCACAUCCAGCUCUUUCACUCGGGGGCAAGGAAUUUGGGACAGUCAUUAGCUGCUUUUUAAUCUGGCUCCAAUCAAAGUUCUCAUCUUUGUGGUUGUGGCACGAAUCCCAGCAUGUCCCUCGAGGGGGAUGAGCGGGGCUGCUGACGGGGCUGCGGUCCCACAAGGAACAGCUUCUCGCUCUCAGCUGCCUUCCUUGGACAACCCUGUGGAUAAGGGCUGCUGCGCCGGGCUGGCAGCUGCUGGCUCCAGCCUGGCCCCUCCUGCACUUUCUAUGCUCUGUAAUGUCCAGCCAAGGGGGUGGUUUGGGUGAUUAUAUGUU